AUGGCGCUUCGGUUGGUAUCAACCAUAUGGUUGACGAGCUCCGGAGUCUUGGCUGUCGGACACCUAUUUCCGAACUGCAGAAGCGGGCCCCUGGCGUCCAAUGAUGUCUGUAAUAAGGGCCUUUCGGUCGGAGAACGGGCGAAAGCUUUGGUUGCAACCCUCAAAACCGACGAGAAGUACAAUUUGUUAGUGAGCACAUCGCCCGGUGUUGAGAGAUUAGGCUUACCAAGUUACGAAUGGUGGCAGGAGGCUCUACACGGUGUUGCGCUUUCUCCGGGAGUUAACUUCUCAUAUUCCGGCGACUUUUCCUACGCAACAUCCUUCCCGCAACCAAUUCUUAUGGGCGCUGCAUUCGAUGAUGAGCUCAUCGAAGCUGUGGCAACGAUAAUUAGUACUGAAGCUCGGGCGUUCAAUAAUUUCAACCGGUCGGGAUUGGAUUACUGGACUCCGAAUAUAAACCCGUAUCGCGAUCCUAGAUGGGGGCGCGGCCAGGAAACCGCUGGCGAGGACCCUUAUCAUCUGAGCUCUUACGUGACAGCACUAAUAAAAGGACUUCAAGGUGGGGAAGACCCCGAUGUCCUCAAAGUAAUUGCAACCUGCAAGCACUUCGCUGCAUAUGACGUGGAAGACUGGUUAGGAAACGAGCGCUAUGAAUUCGACGCGAAAGUCACCCCUCAAGAAUUAGCCGAGUAUUAUAUGCCCCCAUUUGAGGCUUGCGCUCGCGCAAAUGUUGGCUCGGUUAUGUGUUCGUAUAACGCUCUAAAUGGUGUUCCGACUUGUUCGAGCUCGUAUAUUCUUCAAGACAUCCUUAGAGAUCACUGGAAUUGGACACGCGACUACCAAUACGUCGUCUCGGAUUGUGAUGCUCUUCAAAAUGUUUACAAGCCUCACAAUUAUCGAGAUACUCGCGAGGAAUCUGCCGCUAGCUCCUUAUUAGCAGGGACUGAUCUGAAUUGCGGUACCUAUUAUCAAAUUCACCUACCUACAGCUUAUGAGCAAGGUCUCAUCAAUGACACCACACUUGACCUUUCUGUUACGCGAUUAUACUCGGCACUUAUCAAACUGGGCUACUUCGAUUCGGAAGACUCGAACCAAUAUCGCUCCCUUGACUUCUCUAACGUAUUUACCCCUGACGCCGAAAAUCUUGCCCGGAAGGCUGCAGAAGAGGGCAUCGUAUUGAUCAAGAAUGAUGGCAUCCUACCUUUACAGAUAUCUACCGAGAGUAACAUCACCGCCGUUUUUAUCGGGAACUGGGCGAACGCGACAACAGAUAUGCAGGGUAAUUAUCUGGGCAAAGCCAAGUAUCUACACUCACCAUACUACGCAGCUAGCCAAGCCCCCAACAUCAACGCUGUAUACGCAGGUCAACCAGGCGACCCAACAACUGACGGGUAUCCUCGAGCUUUAACAGCGGCAGCAGAUGCAGAUAUUAUUAUAUACGCGGAUGGGCCCACAACGGCGGAUGAAGGUGAGAGUAAUGAUCGUACAUUAAUUCGUUGGUCCGGCGAGAAGAUCGAUAUCAUGACCCAACUGGCUGGUCUUGGCAAACCAUUCAUUCUCGUGCAGCUAGGCGGCCAGCGUGACGAUGCCCCUUUCAUCAACCACCCCAACAUUUCGGCCAUUCUCUGGGCUGGAUAUCCCGGCCAGUCCGGUGGAGACGCCAUCUUGAACGUCUUAACAGGCAAAGUCGCCCCCGCCGGCCGGUUACCCGUAACGCAGUACCCAGCGUACUAUGUCAAGGACGUACCCAUGACGGACAUGAGUCUCCGUCCCAACCCGGAAACCGGCAACCCCGGCCGCACGUACAUGUGGUACGACAAGGCAACCGUGCCGUUCGGUUUCGGCCUGCACUACACUAACUUCAGCAUCUCGAUAACCGCGUCUGAAGACGAGUAUUGGGAUAUUGCAGACUUAUCGAGCUCUAUCACCGGCGCCACAGCGCGUAAAGACCAGGCCCCAUUCCAGAACAUCUCCGUAGCCGUCUCUAAUACAGGCGCUACAACAUCCGACUUCGUCGUCCUGGGUUUCAUCGCCGGAGCCCACGGCCCCGAGCCGUACCCUAUCAAGCGCCUCGUCGCGUAUAAGAGACUGCACGACAUUGCAGCUGGCGAGGCGCAGACGGCGAACUUGACGCUGUCGCUCGGAAGCCUGGCGCGGCGUGACGAGGAUGGGAACUUGGUGCUGUAUCCUGGGGAGUAUAGUCUGCUUGUCGAUGUACCCACGCAAGCAACUUGGAACUUUACCCUUGAGGGGGAGCCGGUUGUGCUGGAUGAGUGGCCGCAGGAUACGGGGAAGUGA